GAUGAUCGACCGGAUUAUAAGGAAGCAAGGAGAUGGGAAGAUGAACGUAAACAAGUCAAAGCAGGAUCUAUAUUUUGUUUUCACAAUCCAACAUUCACUGAAAAUUCUGUGGUGGGCGACUCUGGGAUAAUCAAUGAUGUUAAAUUUAGAAGCCAGGAAGGAGACCAAGAGGACAAACAAAAUAUCCCUAAAACAAGAACAAUAAAUGACUAUUUCUCCGUCACUCCAUCCACUCCAUUCACUUUAUCCACUUCAUCUCAGAUUCAAGAAAAUGACUAUACGAAUUAUGAUGACGAAAAUCAGCUCCAUCAAGAAGAACCUGCACCGCCUCCUCCAAAGUCUGGAAUUUCGGAAGGAAAAACUUGGGACAUUUGUAUGAUUGAUGGAAUCGACAUUGCAAAAUAUUUUAGUUCCCUUCGCAAAUCCUUACCAAAAGCAAGUCCCGAGUCCACCAUCUGGGGGGUUCUUGACUUGACGGGGCAACAUAAACCGACGAAGAAAAUGUUUUCCACGAAAUGGAAUGAACUGAUUAAUGAAUUUCGACUUGAUAUUGGAUGGAAAAUGGUCAAUCUUGAUCAAUCCGAAUACGAUUUUUUUGAUAAUAUGGAGGACUUGAAAGCCCAACAAGCAUUACCUAUCCUAAGUGCCCGUCUUACGAUAUUAAAGUCGUACAUUGAACACCUCAAACUACCAAUCAACGAGGGAGAACUUAUGAUUUGUUUUGUUGCCUCUGCCUUCAGGAUGAGCCUGGAUCCAAAUAAGAAAAGUUUCAAAAACUCUGUUGCAAGCCAGGAAAGACGCAGGCAAGAAAAAGAUCCUAAUGAUGAACGUGCACGUUCUGGACAAAAAACCGAUAUUAUAAUAGUUUUACCAUCGGGACCAGCUUUAGAAGGCUUCAUUGUGAAAGUAAUGAAGACCUUUUCUGGUCUAUCAACAACAGAUUAUGAAAGUCAUUGUAUUUGGAUGCCAAGCUUACAAAUGAAUCUUUAUGCGAUGGAUGUCCGAACUUCAGGAAUUUAUCGUUUCGGAAUGAUUGAUAAGGUCUCUUUGCCUGCCUCGUCAAAAGAGUUGCCUGCGUACGAAGCAGUGCAUACAAUGUUACGUUCAUUGGAGCACCGAUUGAACAAGUUAACGGAUUACUGCACAGAUCCAAAAAUUAAACAUGCAAAGUUGAGGCGAAGACGUUACUAUAUAUAUCAAGAAGACAAUUUGGCUUUUUCAAACAACUCUCCGAACACAUCUCCCAAAAAAAGAAAAUCAGAUCCUAAUGAAUAUAUUGAAUAUGCAUCAGAAAAAUAA